GUGCGCCCGCCUCCUCCCGGCUCCCCGGAUGCACGCCAUGGCCGACGCCGGCGGGCCCCCGCUCAAUCUCUGCCCUCUCUGCGGCCACCCCACCACCAGCACCAUCUCUGCCUCUCGCCCAUCGUCUCCGCCAUUGGCGGCUACGAGGCCGACGCUGAAGAGGAAUUCACCACCAGAGGCGCCGCCCGCGGUGGUGCGGGUGGAGAUAGGUGACGAGGCGGCGGCACUGCGGGAGGCUCUGGCGCGGCAGCAGGCGGCGCUGGCUGAUUUGCAGGCCGAGCUGGAUGCGGAGCGGGGCGCGGCGGCCGGCGCCGCGAGCGAGGCCAUGACGAUGAUCCUUCGCCUGCAGCGGGAGAAGGCAGAGGCCAUGAUGGAGGCGCGCCAGUUCCGGCGCUACGCAGAGGAGAAGAUGUCCCACGACGCCGCGGAGCUCGCCGUCCUCGAGGAGACCAUCGCAAAGCGCGAGGCCUCGGUGCGCGGCCUCCAGUCUCUGUCACGCCUCAGCGUCGCCAACGCUGCAUCGUUGCAUUCCACCCCGCGAGUCUCCUCCACGCCGCGCAACCCGUCCACGCCAUCGACGGUUGGGGCCGGCGGCUAUUACCCACCGUUGCGGUGCUUUAGUAGCCGCUUUAAUGACCACCCGCCGACCGCGUCGGAGGCGGACGUGCUCGACAUGCAGACCCCGCGCGACCACCUCGCGCGCCUCUCCAACCGCGUCCAAAUGCUCGAGCACCGCGCACCGCCCACAUCCACCACUACGCCCAUCAUCCGCGUCGCGCCGGGCUCCACCUUCCCCCGCAACCCGCGUCCAUUCUCCGACACUGACAGCCUUGACUUCUGCGACGGCGAGUACUUCCCGGACGACGACUGCGGCGCCAGCGAUCGGGUGUACACCGUGGACGCCAUCCACGGCCGCGGUGUUCCCCUGGUCGUGCCAGAGGGCUCCAUCUGUGGCGGCACUCCGGCCGGGAGCGAAUGCUGCGCCGGCGGGCCGUGGGGGGAAGACGAGGAUAUGCGUCGGCUCAGCGCGCGCCUCCAGGCGCUGGAGGCGGACCGAGAGACCAUGCGCCAGGCCAUCAUCUCCAUGGGCGCCGAGAAAGCGCAGGUGGUGCUUCUCAAGGAGAUCGCGCAACAGCUGUGCAAGGACGCCCCGCCACCUUUGCCGGCGGUGACCGUGGGGCAACAUUACUACAAGGGGGCAGCGCCACCGGCCGUGACCGUCACCGUACCACGGCCGCAGCGACCGAUGGUCAUGCACAGGAUGGUGCUCAAGAGCCAGCCCACGAGGACGCCAUUCUUUUCUACUGUAGUCAAGUGGGUCGCAUCUAUCGUCUCGUGGCGAAGGAAAUCUUCCCGUAUCAAGUACCCUAUUGGCCAAUGCGGUAACAAUGUCGGGUUGAUGUUGCUGCUUGACAAGUCCUCAAAAGCUGCAGGCAACGGGCAUCAUAAACCUCCCAAAAGGAUUUAGAUGCCAUUAAUCUUGAGUAUAUACGACUGAUUUGUUUGUGAAAAACAAGGUGGCUUUCGCAUUGUUGUCCCCCAAUUCUUGGCGUGCUCUUUCGCUGAUCUUGUCUGAUAAUGUAGCUUACAAAUGGAAGCCAUCAAUUUUUCUCGUUGUUUCAAUUUUUUUAAAGCGUUGUUGUUUUUGUUGCGGUGACGAUUCUUCAUAUGUUAUACUGAUGUUUUAUGGCCUUAUACCUUCGGUACAAAACAAA